ACAGCUGUUUUUUACAAGGAUCAAGUAACCAUAAUCAAAGAAUUGAGCGUUGGUGGGGUAUACUUCGGAAUGAAAAUGUUCAGUACUGGAUAGAUUUUUUCACAAUGCUGAAAAGUACUGGUGAUUUCAACGGAAGCUUCCUUGAUAAGGCUGUUCUGCAGUUUUGUUUCAUGGACUUAAUUCAGGAAGAACUUAACUCUAUAGUUAAACUGUGGAAUAACCAUCGUAUAAGACCAUCAAGCAAUCCAAACCAACCAUACGGAAGACCAUUUUUGAUGUAUCAUUGUCCUGGUAUGUUCGGCUGUCAGGAUUACCUUUGUCGUACAUCUGAAGCGCAGGUGAACUUGUGUCUUGAGGAAAGUUUUCAAAAGGGAAAUGUUACAUGUGACGAAACGGUGUUUGAACUGUGUACCAUCAUCAUGUCGGACCAUAAUAUGAUGCCUGCCAAAACAGCAGACGAUGCUGCACUGCUUUACCAAUUUCUCCGACGGGAAAUAUUAAAUGAACGUCACCAGGACUAAACCUAAAUGCAAGACCAACCAAUAUAAGGCGAAGUCUGUCGACGCACAGGCUACUCCGUUAUUUACAAGUUAUUUUAAACAAGUUGACCAUGUUCAUUUGUAAAACAUGAAAAUGACGUAUAACUGUUAACUGAUUGUUGUAAACAUAUUAAAUAGUGUCUUUAAAUCAAUUCAUUGUUAAUCUCAGUAUUAGCAAAGCAGGAACAAUUUCAAUGUUUAACAAUUUAAAGAACCAGUAAACGCAUCUAUUGUAACCCUUUGCUCAUGUGCGAGAAUUGAUCCAAAAGUUCGUGGAUAUUAGUUAUAUAUUUAAUAUUAACGGACGUCAAUAUAAACAUUUUAACUAGACUAUUCAAAGAAGAGGGCUAUUGUACUCAAUCCAGGCGUCGAUGUAGCCGUCGCGAGUUAUAUUUAAGAAAUGAUUUAUAGCAAAACCCUGUUUCAACACAAUUUAUAUACGCCGAGCGUAAUAAUUUUACGAGGGCGUAUACCGAGAAAAUAUUUCAUACGACAUAUAAUCUGCGGAGUGUAUAGUGUUCAAACACAGCUUUGCUAUGAACUAUUUUGAUUCUAAUAUGUCUGUUGUAAAAUUUCAUUCAAAUAUGAUAGAACUGUUUCUUUGCAUAUAACUGUUUCUCCUUUUGAAAGGCUUAUUAAAAUCAUCUCUGAACAUGCCCGGAUCCAGGGACGGGUAGAUGGUGCCCCCGUCCCAAGUUGGCUGAGAAGUGACCUAUACUCAUCAAAGAUGCACCAUGUACUGCAUGUACUUGCACGCAAAACUUUAACCAGGAUUUUCUAAGUCCAAAGGGGGCAUAAUUUGGCUAAAAUGCAGGUCAGAGUUAUGGGACUUGAUGCUGUCAACUAGUUUUAUAACCCCAAAGACACAUGUGAAGUUUCAAUUCAAUAUCUGCAUUAUGAUGGGAUAGAAGUUUAAUUGAGAGAAAGCUAUAUUUAAGCCUGUCUCUUGUCUGUGACUGAAAGCUCUUCUCCAAGAGAGAUAUCUUCUUUUGAAAUAUCUUUUAAGGUAAGGAAAUUAAUUAUACAGAUAGCUCUUUAAUUAAGAUACAAUUAUCAACAAAAGUAGACUCUCUCUCUCUCCCUCCCUCUCUCUCUAAGAGAAAUCAAAUAAAAUUUAUGAUAUAUC